CCGCAGCAGCGUACCGCCUCCUGUAGGCGCAAUUUGCCCAGAAAAGGGAGGAUAUUUUAGACCCUGCGCCGGUUCUCUGCGUUACCGUCCGUCUAGAUUUCGGUGCUACUUGUGUGAGUUCGUGCUGAAGUCCCGUCAACAUGCUCUCGGUGCGGGUCUGAAGCGGUUCUGAAGCGGCCUUGUGUACAUUUCGUUGCGGACAAAGUGAGAUGCUUCCCCGGAGCGCUGAACCUGUUCCAUCCCGCACACAAAGCCUGUGAAGCAGGCCGUGUUUUUCCUCUGAGACACCGCGCCGACGAUGCUCAAACAUGUCGGGGAAUCAUUACAAAGGCCACGAAGUCAGCUGCUGCAUCAAAUACUUCAUUUUUGGAUUCAACAUCCUGUUCUGGCUGCUGGGCAUGGCCUUAGUUGGAAUUGGACUGUGGGCAUGGAGUGAGAAGGGGGUUCUGUCCAACAUCUCCUCCAUCACAGACCUCGGGGGCCUGGACCCAGUCUGGCUCUUCAUGGUGGUUGGGGGAGUUAUGUUCAUUCUGGGCUUCGCAGGAUGCAUCGGAGCACUCCGGGAAAACACGUUUCUACUCAAGUUUUUCUCCGUGUUUCUGGGGAUUAUCUUUUUCUUGGAGUUGACGACAGGUGUCCUGGCGUUUGUCUUUAAGGACUGGAUUAAAGACCAGCUCAACCUGUUCAUCAACAAUAACAUCCGGGCGUACCGGGACGACAUCGAUCUACAGAACCUCAUCGACUUCACUCAGGAAUACUGGGAGUGCUGUGGUGCGUUUGGGGCAGACGAUUGGAACCUGAACAUCUAUUUUAACUGUACUGAUGGGAAUCCCAGUCGGGAAAAGUGUGGAGUUCCCUUCUCCUGCUGCACCAAGGACCCAGCGGAGGACGUAAUAAACACUCAGUGUGGAUACGACAUUCGAGCUAAACCAGACUCGGAGCAGAAGGACUACAUCAACGUGAAAGGCUGCGUGCCACAGUUUGAGAAGUGGCUACAGGACAACCUGACCUUGGUGGCCGGGAUCUUUAUAGGAGUUGCACUGCUGCAGAUUUUUGGGAUUUGUUUGGCCCAAAACUUAGUGAGUGACAUUGAAGCUGUGCAGGCGAGCUGGGUGCCCCCCCCUCUCUCCAUGCGCCGACUCCCACCACACUCCAGCAAGAAAGCAUCGGCUUACUACUCAUGAGACACACACGCACAUAUGCUGUAUGUGUGUUUGUAGCCGUUUCUUUACCUAAUGCUGAAGCUGCAUUUCAAGUUUAACAGCUCCUGGUCUUUGAACGCGCCUCCUCAGAGGACUUCACCGAUCACCUGCACCAUUGUGUUCACUGAACCAGCACCUUUUUUCAAGGCACUAAUAUGUGAUAUGCUCUGUAUAUAACACUGUGUGUGACUACUGUAAAGAGAGGGUCAUUGGAGAGGAUGGUGAAACAUGCACUACGUACAGAUUGUCACGAUGCUCCAGUUUUGAUAGCUACGUGUAGAGAGUAGGAGUUUUGAUACAUCUUUUUGAUAUUAGAUCGGUAUUUUUCACUGUGGAAAUAACGCUCCAUUGCUACGCCCAUCAUGUAGGAUUGUGAAAGGAUCUGCUUAUUUUAAGGUUCAGUGCUUGCUUUGUGUACAUUUCCACCACCAGGUCCAGGUCUGAGGCACCCGUGGUAUAAAGUCAUGAAAGGUACAGCUCUGAAAUAGUUUUGAACUGAAAGCAGGAUGUGCUUUAGUUCUCUUUUAGCUAAAUUCCCUUUAAACCAAUAACAAGAAUUAGUUCUGCUCUCUGAAUAAUGAAAUGGAUCUACAAACCUAAACAAGAAUUGCACUACCAAUAAACUGAUUCCACUUCAGUCAAACAGCAGCAUGGGUGACUUCAGCUAUUAAGCAUAAUGAGUUCCAACUCAACCAAAGCACCGAGAUAUCAGUUCAUUUAGUGAUAGAACCUACUCUCCAAUUACUGACGGAGACUCUGUUCGCACUGUAGCUCCACUGUUGGAUGUCCACAGCACCACAUGUAGGUCUGGGUAUCAAUGUUUUGGGAUUGAUUGAAAAUAUCAAGCACCGAACCUGGCACUGGUCUGAUACUGCAAUCAGAUAUUAACUGAUUAAAUCAAAUUUCUUCUCCAUUUUAGACAUUUAUUAAAAUUCUUGUGCGGCAGCUUGAGUUUAAACAUUUAAAAUAAGAACUUUGGCUUCUUUUGUUAACAGAUAGGUUCUCAUUUACAAUACAAUUAAUGACCCAAUGCUGUCUGUGUGAAGCAGUUAUUGUUUGCUGUAAUUAUUCCUCCUCUGUGCUGGAAUUUAAACAGUCCACGGUCCUCGUUCUGUGUAAAACUGCUUCACAAGCUGCAGCUAAUAGGAGGCUUUUGCCCCAGUAACUAUACAAAUCCCGACAUGUGAUUUAGCUAACACUGACUGUCAUGUUAGCUUCAGCUGUACUUUAAAAUGCAUUUUUGUAUAGAACAACUGCUGCUGUAGAUUCUGACCUGGAGUCAUGCAACUAAGUGAUUUCUUCUCAAUCAGCAUGGACAGUAGGAACGCUCACAGCAGACAGUCAUGUAUUAAUGUACAUGCUAGCAUUAAGAUGGGCUUGAAAAAUGACUACAAAAUGUAUGUAGCCGUAACCUCACUGUCUUUACCAGGUCACGUUUUACUCCCCACAAAGCUUGGUGGUUGGAACACGAACAAGGAGCAAGUCAUUAGUCCCUGAUGUCGGAGACUUUCUGAACAUUUUUAGUGUUUUCGUACAUUUCUGCCCUUACUUGAAUGAAAAUCUGGCACAUGUAUCCCAUGAUGCCUUUCACUACUUGUUUUUUGAUGCAGAUCUGAUCAGUCUACACACAGUAUCGACUGAACAGAAUCCUUAAACCCAGCCCAGAGAUUCAGACUCUUGUUCCGAUGUUUUAUCAGUGUUUCUUUUGACGGUUUAAAGUGAUUCUUUGCUGAAAGCAUGCGUCACUGGUUUGGUUUGUAGCGAUGUAUUUGCAGUGUUUUAUCAGUGAAGUGUUUCCUCAGUCUGCUGGGACUGAUCCUGUGGGAUACAUUCGGAGAAGUUUUACUUUAAAAGGGAUCAACACUGUUUUUGAUACUAAAUAUUUAUUGUACAUUUAAUUUGGUUUUUAUACCCUCCCUGGUGUAUUGGACAGCAAACACUGAGCACUGCUGAAGGCGAUUAGUGGCUCCACAGAUCGAGGUUAUGUUCCAAGUGUAGGAGGUUGUAAAAUGCUCUAAUGAGCUGUAUCUCUCACUCAUCACUACCUGUACCACUUCCAAGUAUUGUUUAAAUGGUCACAGUAUAUCCCACAAACAUUGUUAUGUAACUACCUCCUAAUUUCCCUGUUCAUGUCCUGUUGAAAUUGGACUGAUUUUAAUAUCGAGUAAAAUUAAUUAAUAAAGGUGACAAAAAACA